AUGAAGGAAACAAAGCAGGGAUCGAACGCGUUAGCAUGGACAAAGUUGAAGCUCCCAGGACUCAAUACAACUGUAGAAAGGAAAUGGGAGGAAGUUAUAUUGACUGAAGAAAUUCCAGCCCCCCUAAACUUGGAGAAGGAACCACAACCGGGAAAGAAAAAUGAUGAGUUUUGCCGAUAUCAUCGCUUUCACGGGCACCAUACGAACAAUUGUAAGAAUGUCCGAAGGAUCGUACUUCGUCUCAUUGAACAAGGAAAGCUCGCGCACUACGUGGAAGAUCAGAGGUUGCCACCACCGCCACAACAUGACUACCAUAAGAGCCGGUCAGAGAGGCAUCGGAUCGAAAUAAACAAGGGAACUUGGAGGUCCGGCUGUAAUUUCAUAGUGCAUUCGAAGGAGGACAUCAAAAAAUUCCACGACAAUAUGCUCUCAAGAGUGUACAAAAGGGACUACGAAGGAAAUGAGAUAACCCCUGUGGUGAAGAAGAAACCUCUGGAGGAAUGUCAAAUAAGGGACAUAUCGUUCUCGGCGCAAGAUGCACCAGAGGAAGGGUCGCACACGAACUCAUUGGUAAUCACCUUGGCUAUUGGCGAAUACUCACGGGGAAAAGAGGAUCGAAGAGGUAAGAGAAAUAUCUGGGCUAUGGAAAAGGUCUUAGUGGACAUGGGAAGCUCGGUGGACGUCAUUUUCUAUCAUGCAUUUAAGGCUUUGGGAUGUGAUGAUUCUGAUAUGAUGCCUUCGGCGUACAAUCUGUAUGGAUUUAAUGGGGUGGCAACAAAACCAAAGGGUGAAAUAUGCAUGAAGAUCUUUGCAGGUGAGCUAGAGACGGAAGUUACUGUAUGUGUAGUGGACGUGGAGUCGCCAUAUAAUUCCAUCAUGGGCAGGCCAUGGAUUUAUGGAAUAAAAGGGGUGGCAUCGACUUACCACCAGGCAGUACGAUUCCCAAUGCCGAGUGGGGUUGGCGAGAUAAAAGGAAAUUGGGGAGAAGCGAAGGACUGCGGCGAGAAGUAUAUUUAA